AUGUCUAGAAAGAGCCAAAAGGCCCAGUUGGGCAGGCAAUACAACCCACUCCAAGCAGGCCUAUGUCCCAACCAGAACCCGGAAAAUGGCACUACAGAUUGUGAUAGCAGUCUCCCAGCAUACUCAGAACUCCCUGCGCCCAUGAACUCGACACCUCCCACUCUAUCCCCACAAUCCUUAACUAUCACGCCGGGCCUCCCUCCCAUAAACUUAUCUCAAUAUUUUAUACCAGACGCCUCAGUUUCCAAGGACGAAACCACAAUCACCAUAUCUUCUACGCACCUCUGCACCAAUGAAUCCGCCCUCACAGACUUCCUCACAACACAAGCGGCUCUUCCGCCACAUCCACAGAUCCAUCUCACCGGCGUCCACGACGUCUACGGCGAGCGCGAAGUAGACUUCGACAUCCACAUCAGUCUGUUCCGAUAUUUGAUUCCGUCAGAGAACCCCCCACUCAACUAUAUCAAAAUUAUCGGACCAGAUGAGCUCGCAUUCCGCGGCGACUCUACCAGGACCAUACUCCCACAUGUUGACGGCGGAUUAAAAGAAUGGGCACGGAGAUUCUGCCACGACUCAUCACCAAGUAAAGAAUUCGUGCUAGAACGAGCAGUCCCAAACUGGAACACUCCCCUCCUAGAAGGCCUGAUCCGCAACCUCCUCGCCUCACUAAAAUACCAAGGCCGAGUGACUAUCGAGUUUCCCAUCACGCAGAGCAAAGUGGUAGUCACGACGCAGCCGCAGGACGGAAGCAUCCUACCUCGUCUUCUGUCACUAGUUCGGGAAACCAAGCGCUACGCCGUGGUGCAGUCUGUAUGGCCGUAUGCGAACGUGGGGACUUCGUCGAUGGAGAGGGACAGGCCGCGCAGAACAUGCGUGGUGCAGAGUGAGGAGGACUGGUGGGAUGUUUGGAGCGAGGGGUUGGCUGCGGCGAUAGUGGAGAAGAGAAGGGGGAAGUUGACGCUGGAGGAUGUGAUGGAUCGAGUAAUGUUGGGGAGAGCGUCGGUUAAGAUUAAGAAGGUGUGGGGGGAGAGUUCAUAG